CUGGCAAUGUGUUCUUUGUCAAUACUCAUAUGUUCGAUUCUACAAACAAAUACAGUAUCGAGUACUGGCCAGAUCCGCAGAGGGGAAUCAGGGAAGCGUACAGGGUUCUGAAGCUCGGGGGAAAAGCAUGUAUAAUUGGACCAGUGCACCCAACAUUUUGGCUCUCGCGAUUCUUUGCAGAUGUGUGGAUGCUGUUUCCAAAGGAGGAAGAGUACAUAGAAUGGUUCGAGAAAGCAGGGUUCAAGGAUGUGAAGCUGAAGAGGAUUGGGCCCAAGUGGUACAGAGGUGUACGUCGACAUGGACUGAUAAUGGGCUGUUCUGUCACGGGUGUCAAACCAGCUUCUGGUGACUCCCCUCUGCAGCUGGGGGCAAAGGAGGAGGAUGUGUCCAAGCCUGUUAAAAAUCCAUUUGCCUUUCUGUGGAGGUUCAUAUUGGGAACCCUAGCUGCAGCAUGGUUCGUGUUGGUACCCAUCUACAUGUGGAUCAAGGAUAAGAUCGUCCCCCAAGGCCAACCCCUCUGAUCGGCGCUGCCUGGCUGGGCCUUUACUCUCUCUCUCUCUCUCCCCAAGUCUACUUUAUUUUAGCAGUUUCCACAUCUUGCAAGCCAAGUGCUCUGCUCUCAUGUAUAACUGACAAGUUAUGUGACGUUAAUCAGGGAGAUGAAAUCGUUUCUGA